AACCUAAAUUGUCGGCUACAGAACUCAAGAACGAACUCUGCUCCACGAGACGGAGACGAUCACAUUUGUCUGAAAUAGGCUGAGUUAGUCUUCCAAUUCUCUUACUUAUCAAUCGUUAAUAUGGCGGAGGAUUUCGAGGCCGCGGUGGAGGAGGGGCUGAACCUCUCCAAGAGGGUGUACUUCGGCAAGGACAGGGCGGUUGCGCCUCCCAAGCCCCUGACGGCUAUGGACAGAGCCACCGGCUGCUCCUACCUUCCAACUUCCCCUAUGCUGUACGCCGUGAUUAGCGAUCCGGCUAUCGUCGACAAUCCGGAUAGGCCGAGCUACCAGCCGCACGUGCACGGGAGGUGCGAGCCCCCGGCCUUGAUCCCCCUCCAGAUGAAUGGGGUUUCACUCGAGGUUGAUUGCUCUCUGGACACGGCGUUUGUUACGGUGACCGGCACGUGGCGCCUGCACUGCGUCAUGAGCAGCCGCAGCUGUGAUUGCCGUAUCGCGGUUCCCAUGGGCGAACAGGGUUCGAUUCUAGGUGUGGAGGUUGAGUUACCCAGGAAAUCAUAUUCUACUCAACUAAUUAGCGUGGACAAUGAAAAAGGUACAGAAAAGGUUCCAAAGGUUGAAGAUGGUGGCUUCUUGAAAGCUCAUAUAUUCACUCUUACAAUUCCACAGAUUGACGGAGGAACCAACAUAUCGGUUAAACUUAGAUGGUGUCAAAAAUUACUCUACUGUGAUGGGCAAUUCACCUUGAACAUUCCAUUUAAUUUCCCUGAGUAUGUAACACCAGCUGCGAAGAAGGUCUCUAAACGGGAAACAAUUCAGUUGAAUGUUAAUGCUGGUCCUGGAACUGAGAUUCUAUUGAAAACAACUAGUCAUCCUUUGAAGGAGCAACUACGACAAGCAGGAAAAUUGGGUUUCUUCUAUGACUCUGAAGUUCUUUCAUGGUCAAGCAGUGACUUUUUGUUCACGUACAGCGUAUCUUCAAGUCAUACUUUUGGUGGUGUACUUUUGAGUCCUCCCCUGGUACAUGAUGUUGAUAAUAGAGAUAUAUUCUGUUGCUAUCUUUUCCCUGGAAAACAGCAGAGCAGAAAGGCUUUUAGGAGGGAAGUGGUGUUUGCUGUUGAUAUAAGUGGAAGCAUGAGCGGCAAACUGCUUGAAGAUACCAAGACUGCUCUCUUUACCGCCCUGGCCAAGCUUGAUCCUGAAGACUUGUUUAAUGUAAUUGCAUUCAAUGAUGGAACUUUACUAUUUUCCUCAUCUCUGGAGCGAGCAACUGCAGGAGCUAUUGAACAUGUAACUCAAUGGAUUAAUACGAAUUUUGUAGCUGGUGGUGGCACAAAUAUUCUGCUUCCUCUGAAUCAGGCCUUUGAGAUGUUAUCUGAUAGAUGCAACUCAAUCCCAGUCAUUUUUCUCAUUACUGAUGGGUCUGUCGAAGAUGAGAGAAAUAUUUGUGAUACCCUGAAACACCAGUUAGGAAAAAAAGAGAAGAUUCGUCCGAGAAUAUACACAUUGGGCAUAGGUACGUUCUGUAAUCAUUAUUUUCUUCGGAUGCUUGCAAUAAUUGGCCGGGGGCAUCAUGAUGCUGCUAGUGUGGAUUCUAUUGAGGAUCGAAUGAAAGGACUAUUUGCGAGAGCAUCAUCUAUUGUUCUUGUAGAUAUUGCUUUUCAGAAUCUUGAUGACCUUGAUGACCUUGAGGUAUUUCCUUCUCAAAUUCCAGACCUUUCAUCUGAAAGCCCCUUGAUUGUGUCAGGAAGAUAUCGUGGAACAUUUCCGGAGACCCUUAAAAUUAAUGGUGUACUUGCAGAUAUUAGCAAUUUUCCUCUAGACCUGAAGGUGCACGAGGCAAAGGAGAUGCCCAUUGACAAGAUAGUAGUCAAGCAUCAGAUUGAACAACUUACGGCUCAGGCCUGGUACACAGAAAAUCAGGAGCUCAAGGAGAAGAUAGCAAAGAUGAGUGUCCAAAAUGCGAUCAUCUCUGAAUAUACAAACAUGGUUUUGCUUGAGACUGAUAAAGGGAAAAUAAAUGCUGAUUCAGCGGUUGUUAAAAAGUUGCAGGUCUCCGGCAAAGGUGAUCAUCACAAGGCGGAAGAUCCUAAACCACAAAAGAUAAUAAUGCUGCCUAAUAUGGGAAUUGGUUUCGGCAAUUUAACUGCAACAGCUGAAAACAUUCCACCUGGAUCCAGCUACACUAGACCCCCUGAUGCUGCAGAAGUUUUUGCAAAGGCAGCUUCUGACUGCUGCGCAAGCCUUUGCGGUCGUUGCUGUUGCAUGUGCUGUAUCCAAACGUGUUCACGGAUGAACGACCAAUGUGCCAUCUUAAUCACUCAGUUGUGCGGUGCAUUGGCUUGUUUGGGUUGUUACACCUGUUGUGGUGUAUGCUGCGGUGGCAGCAAUGAUGGAUGAACAAGAAUAUAUCUGAAAUCAAACAAAUUUUAGUUGUUAUCUCGUGUCACUAUAUGUAAACCUUGUACAUUGGCCGUCUGUCUGUAUGCCCAUGACCAUGACCAUGACAUCUCCCGGAGCUUUCAAAUUUCUUGUGUGCCUGGGAGGUGUCUGUCACAACACAAUACUUCUAAUGUUUGUAUAUAAGACCUCACUGUACAUUACAGGGUUACAGUUUACAGCCCGUUAUUCUUCUGUUCAUGAAUUGAA